AUGACCCAGGCCGCCCUGCGAGGCCCUGGACCCGAGCCACAGCGCCGCAUCCCUCAGCGGCCCAUGGCCUCCCCGCGCCUGGCCACUUUCUGCUGCCCCACGCGGGACGCAGCCACGCAGCUGAUGCUGACCUUCCAGCCGCGGGCCUUCCAUGCGCUCUGCCUGGGCAGCGGCGCUCUGAGCCUGGGGCUGGGCCUCCUGCAGCUGCUCUCUGUGCGCCAACCUGCGCGCCCCGCCGCCCCGGAGCCCGAGCCCACCGCCCCGCGGGUCUCUGCCCGCAUCCUGCGCGCGGUGGCCGCCUGCGACCUGCUCGGCUGCCUAGGUAUUGUGGUCCGCUCUGCGGUGUGGUUAGGCCUCCCAGAUUUUGUUGACGGCAUCUCUGAGGUGAAUGGAACAGACAUUUGGCCUACUGCUUUCUGCGUGGGGAGUGCGAUGUGGAUCCAGCUGUUGUACAGUGCCUGCUUCUGGUGGCUGUUUUGCUAUGCAGUCGACGCCUAUCUGGUGAUACGGAGAUCAGCUGGACUGAGCACCAUCCUCCUCUACCACAUGAUGGCGUGGGGACUGGCCAUCCUGCUCUGCGUGGAAGGAGGGGUCAUGCUCUACCACCCUUCUGUGUCCAGGUGUGAGAAGGGUCUGGAGCACAGUAUCCCUCACUAUGUCACCACAUACUUGCCGCUGAUGCUUGUCCUGGUGGCCAACCCCAUCCUGUUCCACAAAACGGUGACUGCAGUGGCCUCGCUGCUUAAAGGAAGACAAGGCAUUUAUACAGAGACAGAGAGACGGAUGGGGGCUGCCAUCAAGAUCCGAUUUUUCAAAAUAAUGCUGGUUUUAAUGAUUUGCUGGCUGUCCAAUAUCAUCAAUGAAAGCCUUCUAUUCUAUCUUGAAAUGCAACCAGAUAUCAACGGUGGCUCCCUGAAAUACAUCAGGAUUGCAGCCAAGACCACAUGGGUCAUUAUGGGGACACUGAAUCCGGCCCAAGGAUUUCUCUUGUCCCUGGCCUUCUAUGGCUGGACUGGGUGCAGCCUGGACUUCUGGGCCUCCAGGAAGGAGCUGCAGUGGGAAUCACUGACCACCUCCCCCAUGGGCUCCUGCGGGCCUGACGACAGCCAAGGGACCCGGAAGAUGACUCGGGGUAUCGGACAUGCGUCUGAUGAGGCCUUGAGCCUGCUGUCUGAAGGAUCAGAUGCCAGCACGAUCGAAAUCCAUACCACAAGUGGUUCCUGCCCUCCAAAUGAGGCCAACUCGACUCCAGGAACCCAGGGAGAGUCAUGA